CUGAUUUCGCAGCUGCCAGAGCCUGCUUGUUUUACGGCCGUUGCGGCGAUUCCAACGCUGCACGCUGACCUCGACCUGUGUCCGUAUCGAUACAGUCGAAGUCCGCACACUGCACGUUCCCGGGCGCGCGUGUGCUGCACUUUCCUCGGAGUGCUCGGUAUUUUCCUCGGCCAAGCGUAAGCGUUACACAACGCUGCGAACCCACUGGACUAAAAGACCGCACUGGCUGCCAUCAGCCCCAUGGCCAAGCCCGCAAGUGCGAGAUUAGCAUGGGACAUUGAAUCGUAUGAUGUGAUCACGCCCCAAAAAGAAAAGAAGCGUAUACUGCACGCGCAGGGCGACGCGCUCCAUGCGGGCGAGAUGUUUUUGAUCGUCGGUCCCAGUGGAUCGGGCAAGACCUCGUUAUUGCGCAUAUUAGCGGGCAGGCACGCCCACGGCGACUGGCAGGGCCAAUUAGUGGCGGACGGUGCUAUUGCUGAUAGGCACCCUCGAAGGGCUACGGGCUACGUCGACCAGCACCCCCUGUUCUUCGCGACACUGACACCUAGAGAGACAUUAACGUUCACGGCGCGCCUACGGCUGCCCAAUUCCACAAAAAAGGACGUCGCAAGCAAGGUCACGCAAGUUUUGAACGAAUUGAACCUGGGCAAAUGCGCCUCUACCUAUAUAGGAGACGAACGACUCAAAGGCAUUUCGGGAGGAGAAAAAAAAAGGUUACAGGUGGCCGCGGAAAUGGUCUCCGACCCGACUUGUUUACUGUUAGAUGAGCCCACCUCUGGCCUGGAUGCGGCCACCGCGUUGCUGACGUGUCGCACGCUAUCACGUCUAGCGAGAUCCCCGGAAAAGCGAGCCGUGUUGGCCGUGGUGCACCAACCGCGAGCGUCCCUCCUACAACUAUUUGAUCGGGUUGUAGCUUUGAGCGAUGGGCGGCCGGUCUACGCCGGCUCUCCCAAUGACUUAUUAGCACAUUUUGAGAGUGUGGGGGCCCCGUGUCCGGCCCACGAGAACCCGGCCGACCAUUUGCUAGAUUUGGUAGCGAUCCCCGACGAGGUCGCGGGCGGCGAACAAACCGAAGAUGAACUCGAAGCAAGUGUGGACGACCUGCGGAAAAGGAAGGUCAUCGCGAAACAAGUGGCUGAUGCCUUUGCUUCCUCGCAGGGCGCCCAGGAUUCCAAAACACGCUUCCAGCAAGCCCAAAAGAGCGCUACGGGCACGCAACAGCCCCAGGGCAUCGCGUCGGGCUGGCUCCACCAGUUCAACGUGCUCCUACAGCGGGCCUGGCUGUAUAAAAUACGAGACGAGAUGGUCGUCAUCACGCAAGUGACCAUGGCCUGCAUCAUGGCCCUACUGUUAGGAGCCAUCUACUUCCAGCAGGGGUUGUCCCAAGCCUCGAUCCAGUCGCGAGUGGGCGCCAUCUCGUUCAGUAUGCUCCUCAUGUCCUUCAUAGCCUUUGAUAUUGUCCUCUUGUUCCCGAAGGAACGAGAUCUCUAUACGAGGGAGUCCCAAGCUGGGUUAUAUGGUGCAUCAGCAUUUUUUCAUGCAAGAUGCCUAGCAGAGUUGCCCGGCCACCUCACGGCCGGCGGAGCCUACGCGACGAUCGCCUACUGGAUGAUGGGCUUCCAGAACUCGCCCAUGAAGUUCGCGCACUUCUUCUUCCUCUGCGAGGCGGUCGUGUUUGCCGGGACGUCGCUGCUCAUCUUUUGCGGGUGUUGUGCUCGGGAUUUUGAGAUGGCCAACAACUACGUCCGAGUCGGCGCAGAAAAUGAACUUGAACUUGCCGGGGUCGCGGCGAUGGCGUCUUCAUGAGACCAUGUCGCGUCGAUGGCGUCUCCAUGAUCACACGAGAGUCUACGCGUCUUGCGAGAGGGCCGCGGCCGUUCCGCGACGGUAUCAAUCAAACGCAGGCCACCGUCUUCUUCUGCCUCUUCAUGAUGUUCGACGGCCACUACAUCAAUAAUAAAUCAAUACCAGCAGGAGCCAAGUGGAUCGAGGACGCGAACUUCUUCAACUGGGCCAUCAGUGCCGGUUCUCGUUCAGAGCUACUGGGCCUGGGCGACCUGCACGGCUGCUCGAACCCGGAAUCGUCGCGAUGCAUUUUUCAGAGAGGCGGCGACGCCGUCGACUACUACGGGUUCCGGGACAAGCCCUUCCGCAAAGCUAUAACCGCUAUAAUGCUGAUAUCCGUCGCGUUGCGAGCUUUAGCUUUUGUGGCGUUCAAGUUCCUCUUCACGGGGCGGCCGGUCUUCGACAGCUGCUCUUCCAAGAAGCAGUAGUCAUCGUCUGCACAAGACGGCGACGAAUUCGGAAAUCCUAUCUUAACCUAACUCGUAACGUAAAACACAC